AUGUCUCGCGAAGCUUACCAGGUGCCCUCGAUGGGCGGCCAGAACGCCUUCGACACCCAGGGCGGAUACGGCAGCGCCAUGAACGUUGACAGCCCCUCUGUUGUGUACCUCUGCGGCGAGUGCUCUGCCCGCGUCCCUCUCAAGCGUGGCGACCAGAUCCGCUGCAAGGACUGUGGUCACCGUGUGCUGUACAAGGAGCGGACCAAGCGUAUGGUCCAGUUCCAGGCCCGGUAA